AUGGCGGAAAUCAAACAGGGGUGGUAUGCCUUUCCUGGCUACGCUUCCAUUACUGUCAACGCCCUGCUUCGACUUCCUCUAGAGGGCUGUAUUUGCUCUCCGAGACAAAAGAGUCCAUGUUUCGGUAGCAAGAGAACCAAGCCGACAAGAUUAGUCCAGGACACGGUUCAGUCCAAUAACAUGCUGCAGGAGCCGGACACAGUCCCAAUUUCGGCCCUUGAGAUUGACUCUGCGAGAUGA